AAAACAGAAAACGGGUGAGUUGAGAGGCAGCUGGAAGCUCAUUCUUGAACAGACCAGCAGGUCUGCAACUACGGAGCAGGGCUGAGGAUUCUGAUGGUGACCUCUACGGAUGCCUCCAACAGUGGAACGGUUCCUUGUCUAGACAAUGUGGUGAUACACCUGUCUACUGUGAGAAAAUAGUGACUCUGCAGAGUUAAAUUCCCACAAAAAUGGUCCUGGCACUACCAUAUCAGGAUAGUGAGGCAAUCUUCACAGCGGAGUCCUCCCAAUAUGAGGAAUUACAGCAGUACUACAUGGACUUGCUGCAGAUAAAGAAUGAACUAGAAGAAAGCUGUAUAAAGAAAGAUAAGCUUCUCCGUGAUGUACAACAAGCCUUAGCAGAAGAGCAGGCCAAAAGAGAGGCAGCUGAGAAGGAAAAGCAGCUUCUUGAGGAAAAGUGUAAACAGCUGCAGAAAAGGGUAGAGGUUCUAGAAAAAUGUUUCGAGGAAUAUAUGAUCCAAAUGAAAGAGCAGAUAAAGAGAGAAAGAGAAGUCCUUCUGAAAGAGCAGAAUAAGAGGAUUGAGAGGAUUGAGGCCCAAAUAAAAAACAUGACUGAUAAUUGGAAAAGCGCUAAAAACUACCCCACUCCAGUGGUAAUGGCAGAUGACAGUGAAGAAGAUAUUCCGCAGCCUUCAUGGUGGUCUAAAAUUUGUAAGCUGAUAAAAGAGUUGUGUUCACGAAUUGUCAAGUUUUUAUCUUGUGGAUAAUUUCAGAUACCUGUGCACAGUAUUUGGACUUCUUCAAGCAACCUCUCUUACAGACCCUCACUUUUAUUUUGCAGACUGGUUUCUCCUUGAAAUCUUAGAGUUCCCAAAUCCCCCAAACUGGGCAGGGUGCCUCUUCUUUGUGCUUUCAUUGUACCUAUAGCAUGAUUUUGAAAAUGUGAAUUAUCCAAUUACUCUGUCUUGCUGAUGAUGCCUUGCCACCAGAGACUAGUUUAUCUUUAUCAUUGUUUCUUAGCUUCUAUUUCCAUGUCCAGCACUUGAUUAGUACCUGGAAAAUGUUAGUUGAAUAAAGUUCCCCACUUUCUACAUCCUCAUGAUGACAGAUGCUUCAGAGGACUCUUAAAACAAAGGGUGUAGUUUUUGACAUGGAGAACAAAGGCAAAAGGAAAUGUAGAUAAAAUUAAACCUCCUUAUAACUUGUAGCCCACUGACAAACACUUGAGACAGGUAGAGUAGGACAGUCCUCCAGGAACUCCCAAAUGUCUUAAUGUAAUGCUUUGCUGGUGGCAAAAUGCAAUCUUAGCUUGACAAUAGCCAGGCCUCCAGAAUCCUGUGAUGUUAGGAGUUAGUUGGACAGUGAAGUAGUUAGGGCCAAGGGCCCCAACAAGAAAAGAUGGAGUCAGGACAGCUAAAAUAAAGCAGCACUAACAUCCUGUUUUGCAGCUUAGACAGGACCAUGCUAGCAUUCUGUUUUGAAGCCUUUGCAGAAAUGACUUCUGCAAAACAUCCUAAGAUAAAACAAGUCACCACAAGCAUUCAUCACCAUCCUAGGCAAGAGGUACUUAAGACCUAAGCCCCCAGAAGUCAGCCAACAAAAGACCAUCAGCACGUGGACAUUAACCUGAUAAGUAGACAGAUACACAACCAAAGCCCUGAUUGUCCCGACUUAGCACACCCCCAUUGUUUAAGAUAGUUCUGCUAAAGAGCUCAUAAAAUCCCCUAAACUUAGAAACCCCACGGGCAACCCCCUCAGGUCCUCUUCCCCUUUGAGAGCUUUGUGCUAUUGCUCAAUAAAUUUUGCUUUGUUGGCCAUCA